AUGACACAGCCCUGGGACUACAUCGCCAAAGUCGUCAACAUCGGCGACAGUGGCUGCGGCAAAUCCUCCCUCACAAUCCGGCUCUGCGAAGGCCGCUUCACCCCCACACACGACGUCACCAUCGGCGUCGAAUUCGGCUCCCGCAUCAUCCCCUGCGACCCCACCUCCACAUCCCCCAACCCGCCCAAAAUCAAGCUCCAAAUCUGGGACACCGCCGGCCAAGAGUCCUUCCGCGCCAUCACGCGCUCCUACUUCCGCGGCGCCACAGGAGCCCUACUAGUCUACGACAUUACGCGGCGCGACACAUUUACGCAUGUCCAAGGGUGGCUCGAGGAGCUGCGGGGCGCGGCGGAGCCGAACAUCAGCAUAAUACUCGUGGGGAACAAGAGUGACCUGGCGGAUGAUGGUGAGGGGGGGGGAGGGAAGAGGGAGGUGGGGGUGGAGGAGGCGAGGGAGUGGGCGAGGGUUAAUGGUGUGAAGGCGGUGGUGGAGACGAGUGCGAAGACGGGAGAGGGCGUGGAGGAGGCGUUUGUGGAUGUGGCGUGCGAGAUUUAUCGGAAUAUUAGGGACGGCGUGUAUGAUCUGAAUGACCGCAGUCAUGGCAUAAGGGCGAACUCGAAUACGGCGAGGGCGAGCUUGAGUAUGGAUGAGACGGUGAAGGCGAGGGGCGGGUGCUGUUAG